AUGGUUCGCGCGUGGGUGUACAAUUUAAAAAAAGACGAAGUGCUGAAAUAUGGAGCUGAAUUCGAAGUGGAGUUAUCCGGCACUUUGGAUGCUAUGCGCAGACAAUUUGGAGACUGGGUGAGUACUCACGAAAACAGAUUGCCAUAUAGCAGAAGAUUGGAGGAACUAGCGGCGAUUCAUGGCAGACAAUCGCCGGCCAGAGAACUAGAAAAUGGUGCAGAUGCAAGAGAGUCGACGAAUAUAAAUUUCGCCCAGCUGAGCAUCCCAGCAACAAGCACAGCAGCGCGGACUCGAGACGCCAAUAAUACCCUUUGGGGGGUAGCGUCCACACCACAGCCACAAAGAAGAGUGUCCAUAAACGAACAAGCUGCACCGACUAUGUCCCAGGAAUACCCCAGAGUAGCGAAACAAGUCCGCGAAUGGAAUUUUCGUUUCGACGGCACCACCAAGCCUCUGGAAUUCCUGGAACAAGUCGAAUGGUCAGCGGAUACAUAUGGGCUGAACCUGAAUUUAAUUCCCAGGGCGAUGCCCGAAUUACUUCAGAGAAUGGCUCUUAAGUGGUAUGUAGCCAACAACCAGCACUGGACGAGAUGGGAAGCAUUCGUCCAGAGUUUUCAGGAGUAUUUCCUUCCAAGGGACUACUUCGAAAACUUAAAGGACGAAGUUACCAGAAGACGACAGGCGAUGCACGAACCGUUUAAAGUGUACAUGGUAGAAAUGCAGACGCUCAUGCGGCCACUGCAGUACGCGGCGGAAAAACAACUUAAUAAAAUAUACAACAACAGCCUCCCGGAUCUACGAGCUUACGCCAGGCCAUAUCAAUUCAAUAAUUUGGCAGAAUUGAUGCAUUUGGCCGAAGCGUUCGAGGAACUCGAAGCGGACAGGGAAAAGCUGAGACGACAGAGCCGCAUGGAGCAACCGAGACCCAUGGAACCACCACGACGCCGCAUGGAGCCGCCACAAAUGCGUCAGGAAGCUCCUCAAUACAGCCUCAGGGAAUCCGCGCAGAGAUGCGUAUCAGGAGCGGACAGAAUUCGACACGAGACCCAGACCUGCCCCGAGGACGAGACGAGACAACAUACAAACACAUAUAAGCAACCCAGCGAGGGCAUGCAGAUUUUGCGGCCAGGAGGGACACUUCGCAAUGGAGUGUACGAAUCCUAUGCUGGAAUAUUGCUGGUUAUGUGGACGUAUCGGAGUUCGUAAGUCAGUAUGUUGUCCGUCGGGAAACGAGCACCGGCGUCCGCCACCGAGGGGCGAGCGGGAGCCGAACAGGUCAGCCCCAAGACGCUAAUCGGAAGCCUGCAGGACGAGGGAGCGCAGCUGACAGCGGUCGUAGAGAUCGGCAACUGUCGGUAUAAGGCUACGAUUGACACAGGGGCCACGAGUAGCUUCGUUAGCGAGAAGCUAGCUCAUGGACUGAUCAACGUAGGCCGACGAAGCGCAACCACACGUCGAGUCCGGUUGGCAGAUGGCCGAAACAGCGGAGUCCGAGAACAAGUCGAGGUGAACAUCAAACUAGGGCUGAGGAAUAUGGAUAUUGCCCUACUGAUACUCCCAGGAGUCAUCGACGACUUAGUCCUCGGAUGGGACUUUUUGUCUGGCAUGGGAACAGUUUUGGAGUGCGCAGGGUUACUAGUAAACAUUCCAAAAUGCGAGACAAACCACCAAGAAGAGAUGUUGUCGGUUGCCAAAACGGUCGAAACACCAAUACAUCCGGACGCAAAGAUUGAUCAAUUUUUGCGAGGAGAAUUGGCGGCAUUUGGAGAAAUAAAAGGAACAUCGCCUAUAACUGAGGACCGCAUUGUCAUGAGCGACGACCGGCCAAUUAAACAGCGGUACUUCCCUAAAAACCCCAAAAUGCAAGCCGAGAUCAACAAACAGGUGGAUGACUUGUUGACCAAAGGGUGCAUCGAGCCCUCCAGAAGCCCACACAGCGCACCAAUCGUGAUGGUGAAAAAGAAAACGGGAAAAUGGCGUCUCUGUGUGGACUUUCGGCAACUAAACAGCAAAUCUAUAAAAGAUGCAUAUCCGUUGCCGCGAGUCCACCACAUUCUGGACCAGCUGAGAGAGGCAAAAUACAUAACGAGCUUGGACCUGAAAGAUGGAUACUGGCAGAUCCCGAUGGAGAAGGAGAGUCGAGCGUUGACGGCAUUCACAGUUCCAGGGAAAGGACUGUUCCAAUGGAAAGUAAUGCCAUUCGGACUCCAUUCGGCGCCAGCCACGUUCCAGAGGGCCCUCGAUCGCGUGAUUGGACCCGAAAUGAUGCCGCAUGCGUUUGCAUAUUUGGACGACAUUAUCGUAAUCGGGAAAACACGCGAGGAACACAUGGACAACUUAAGAGAAGUGUUCCGACGGUUGAGAGCAGCGAAUCUGAGGAUCAACGUGGACAAGUGCGACUUCUUCAAAAAGGAACUUAAAUACCUUGGCCAUCAGGUGACCGAAGAAGGGAUACGCACGGAUCCGGAGAAAAUAGCUGCUAUCGCCGAGUUGAAACCCCCUGGAAACGUAAAGGAACUACGACAGUACCUAGGAGUGGCAUCAUGGUACAGGAGGUUCGUACCAGAUUUUGCCACAACAGUACACCCACUACACACACUAUUGAAGAAAGGUACAAAAUGGGAAUGGACCGGAGAGCAUCAAGAAGCUUUCGAAAAGGUCAAAGCUAAGCUAACACAAUCCCCUGUGCUAGCAUGCCCAGAUUUCUCAAAGCCAUUUUGCUUGCAGACGGAUGCUAGUAAUUAUGGCUUGGGAGCGAUACUGACCCAAGACUCAGAGGAGGGCGAACGGGUCAUAUCGUAUGCAAGCAGAUCUUUAAAUGGUGCGGAGCGUAACUACUCUGCGACCGAAAAAGAGUGCCUUGCAAUAAUCCGCAAUCUGUAUAGACACAUCCCGAAUAGAGCUGGAACCGAGGAUGUGGUAGCCUGGAAACUAUGUGUGCCCACCGGAAAGAGAAGGCAGGUACUAAUUGAAAACCACAACACCGCCACCGCAGGUCAUACAUGCAGCAGAAAAACAAUAGCCCGAGUAGCAGCACGCUACUAUUGGCCAGGCUUAUACAGAGACGUACGUGCAUAUGUCCAACAAUGCGAAAUAUGUCAGCAGUAUAAGCCAAGUCAAAUGGCCGCGGCAGGACAAAUGCUGACCAAGAUACCGGAGGAACCCUGGACCACAGUUUGUGCUGACUUCGUGGGACCACUACCGAGAUCGACCCACGGAAACACAAUGCUGUUGGUCUUUAUAGACCGCUUCUCGAAAUGGACGGAAAUGGUACCACUCCGAAGCGCCACUACAGCAACUCUACAAAAGGCCUUCAGGGAAAGGAUUCUCGCGCGGUUUGGAGUACCUAAAGUUUUAAUAACCGACAAUGGAACACAAUUUACAAGUCGGGCAUUAAAAAAUUUUCUUGAAGAGAUGGGAAUCAAACAUCAAUUGACAGCGCCCUACACUCCACAAGAAAACCCCACGGAACGCGCGAAUCGCACGGUGAAGACAAUGAUCGCACAAUUCACCAAGGACAACCAAAGACGUUGGGAUGAAGCUCUACCCGAGCUGACACUGGCAGUUAACACCAGCGUCUCAAGCUCCACCGGGUACAGCGCGGCGUUCGUAACACAAGGCCGAGAGCCUAGGCUGCCAAAGGCGUUGUUCGACGAGGUGACAGUCGGAACAGGCCAAGUAGCUCAAACACCGUCCGACAAUGCAAAGAAACUAAAGGAAGUAUUCGAAAUUGUCCGGCGGAGUUUAGAAAAGGCAGCACAGGACCAAGCAAGGCACUACAACCUGCGCCGUAGACCGUGGAAACCAAACAUCGGAGACAGAGUGUGGGUGAAGUUACACCACCUGUCGAAUGCGGCAGAAGGAUUCGCGGCGAAGCUAGCACCGAGAUACGGGGGCCCGUACCAAAUUGUGGAUUUUACCUCACCCGUAAUAUGCAAGAUAAAGGGCAUAACGGACAGGCGGAUAAGGACAGCACACGUGAGCGACCUGAAGCCCCACAACAACCGGAAGGAUACGGGUGAGCCUGAAAAAUCAAAACAAUAA